CCUGUCCCUGCCUCUCUUCUAUCUUCCGGAGCAGAUUUUGAACGCCGCCCCUGAAGCUACAUGGCAUGCGCAUGCCUGCCGGCUGAAGGAGUCUCUCCCCACUCUGCUUCCUCACUUCCACUCUGCACUGACGGAAACUUAAACGCUGAAGAGAGGUUCCGGCGCUGGCCCGGGCAGCUGCGGCGCGAUGGAGACGGAGGACCGGGAGCUGGCCGGCUGCCCGACGCUGGCCUCUUCCUGGAAUGCCACGUGUGGGGCCCUAACCCAGAGCCUUCUUGUCACCCGGGCGGGUCUAGGUGUCGAAGACUCGGACUGGGAGGAGCUGCUGGUGCCACCUGCUCCAAGGAUCUGGUGAUUUUGAAGAGAAGCCUGAACAGCCAAGAUGAAAACCCCUGCUUUCUUUACCUGAUGUGCGACCCUAAAGGAGGCGAAGAGAUGACUGCCGUUGGCAUUUUGAGUUCAGCAAGAAACAUGGAAGUUUACUUAGGCGAGGAGUACUGUGGAACCAGUAGGGGCAAGAAUGUGUGUACCGUCCUGGAUAACAGUGAACAGGAAAAGGUUAUUUUGUAUAAAAAAUUUCUAAAGUUGGAAUCCUCCACACAUGCUUGUAAAAUAAAGUUGCUCUCUUUUGGUGAAAAGCAAUGUGUGUUCAUCAGGAAAGUUAUGGUACACAUGAGAUUGGUUUCAGCAAAUUCUUCAACAAGCUCUCCUACUCUAGGAUCAAGAAUAGACCUUGACAAAGUCCAAACUAUAAUGGAGUCCAUGGGGUCAAAGUUAUCACCAGGAGCUCAGCAAUUGAUGAAUAUGGUUAGAUUUCAGCAGCAGAAUUGUAUUCCCAUUGGAGAGCAGCUUCAGUCUGUUUUGGGAAGUACUGGAUACAAGCAUAUGAUUGCACUACAGUCAUCAUCUACUUCAGAAGUCUUAGACAAAUCAUCUUCCACACCUUUUCCUUUUAGAACUGGACUGACAUCUGGAAGCGUAACUAAAAACUUAAAAGCUUACAUUGAUAAAAGCACCCAGCCACCUGGUGAAGGAAAUACUACAAACCUUGAUGAAUGUAAAAUUGUGCCACAAAACCAUUCUCUUCUUGAAAAUGAUCUUAAGAAUGCGGUAUCCUCUUUCUUGCCAAAGAAAGGAAGUGACAACUCAGAUAUACCUAACUCUGAGCUGCUACCUUUUCUCCAAAACUUGUGCAGUCAAGUUAACCUCCUCCGUGUGGGACAGAAUGGCAAGCGGCAGGAAAAUACUGCCAAGCCUCAUGAAGGCGUUGUUGGUGUUGGAAUGGAAGAGCAACCUGUUUACUCUUACUUGGAAAAGCUUCUUUCUAGAAAUAUGGAACUGAUGGAAAAGAAACUCAUGGACUACAUUGAUCAGCGAUUAUAUAAACUCCAGGAGCACAUAGAUGAUAAGAUUGCUUUGUUAGUGGACAUAAUGCAAAAUCCUAACUCUCCAUCCACUGAGAUGCCUCUAAAACAUUAUGACUCUGGAGAAAGACUUUCAAAUGGAGAAAGAUAAGCACUCGGCAAAUACACUGUAAUACAGAUAUUUAUUACUUAUUUAUUAUAAAGCCAAAACCCAAAAAUGUUUAUGAAAAGUAAGUAUUUAAUGUCCCAUAAAGGAUCAUCUUACUUUCAUAAAAUGACCUCAGUGUUUGUUUCUACUGCACUUGUACAUCCAGUACUGUACACUAGUGUUAACAUGGUACAGUAAUGAUACAGUUAUUCUUGUUUGCAAUAUUUGUCACUCUUAGGAAAAUUGAUGAAGCUGGCCACAGGGGUGCAGCAGUAGCACACAGCUCUGCAAUGCUGGAUCCAUUUGGAAGAUCAGAGUUUGGUUACCUGAUCAAUCUGUGCGUUCCGGGAGCACCUGUGUGCACUACUGACCCUGGCUGCUUGGAAGGCUUAGGGGAAAACCACAGCCUGAGAUCCUCUUGAGGUUCCUCUUUUUCUCUCUCAGAAGAAAUACACUUAAAAAACGUUUAUGUCUACUUGUGCUGCUUACGUGUUUAAAAUGUUUAAGGAUUUGUAAUGCAGUACAUUAGUUUGUAUUCAUUAUGUAUUUGAAUUUUUAUUUAUAAAAGGCCAUAUUUUAUAGUCUAGCAGUAUGAAAAGUAAUGCUUAGAGUAUUUGAUUUUUUUUUUGUAAUUCAUAGAAAAUUGGAUACUUAAGACUUAGAAUUUUUUACUUAGAUCACCA